AUACAGAGAACAGCUGAAGCAAAAUCAAUGAAGUCCCCUUUGCUGGUGGACUCGUAUUGGACGAAAGCUCUCUGUAUCAAAACCCAUCACAAAAGGGUUAACCCGCUUCUUUAUUACUGAAACAGAGUACACUGGAUUCUGAUGGAAAAUUAAAAACCCACAACAAGGGUUUUAAGAUUUGUUGCAGUGGGAAGAUGGGUUUUGGAGGAAAUCGUACAUUCUUCUUUCAAGUCUCUGAACCAAGAUUGAAUUCAAAACCCAGGGUUUCCUUUUUGAUUUUUAUAUCUUCCUAUCUACUAUCUAUCUAUCAGAAAGAGAGUGACAAAAGAGAAAGAGGAAAAUUAUCUAGGAUUUUUGAAGUUUAGGGAUUUUGAUUGUUUGAAGAAAAUGGAACCAGCAGCUGAAAGGAAACAUCAUUUCUUCAAGAUCUUCCAUGAAGAAGAAAAAAGAAGAAGAUUGCGCAUUCCUGUAGCAUUCUGUCAGAGAUUACCCACAGAAUCUCCAGCAUGUGGACGGGCAAUUCUUCAGUGCCCUAAUGGAGCAUCUUGGGUUGUACAAGUGAACAAAACUGAAAAUGGAACCUACCUCGAGGAUGGCUGGGAGAAAUUUGUGCAAGAGAACUGCUUGAAAAAGUAUGAUUUCCUAGUGUUUAGGCAUGAUGGUGGAAUGCAGUUCCUCGUUAAAGUUUUCAAGGGAAAUGGGUGUCCAAGAGAAGAGUGUUUUGCUCGUGUUCCUUCUCCAGUUCUCGCGCCAGAAAGAUAUGUACCAAAAGAAGAGUGUUUCACCCCUGUUCCUUCUCAAGUUCUCGCGCCAGAAAGUGAUGAACCAAAUGAAGAGUGGUUUGCUCCUGUUCCUUCUCCAAUUCUUGGGCCAGAAAGUCAUGGAUCAAAAGUGAAGUGUUUUGCUCCUGUUCUAUCUCCAAUUCCUGAGCAAGAAAGUCACGGACCAAAAGAAGAAGAAGCAUGCCUUAUCCCUGUUGCUUCUCCAAUUCCAGGCCAAGAGAGUCUCGGACCAAAACAAGAAUGCUCCACCCCUAUUGCGUCUCCAAUUCCUGCACAAGAAAGUCAUGGAUCAAAAGAAGAAUGCUUCACUCCUGUUGCUUCUCCAAUUCCUGCGGAAGAGAGUCAUGGACCACAAGAAGAAUUUGUCACUUUUAUACCCUCUCCACUUGGGCAAGGAAGAAAGAGACAUGGAAUCUCAUGUGAAAGUUCAACGAGAAAACGGAGAGGCACUGUUAAUGAGGAGAUGCUUGCUCCCGCAAUAGUAGUCAAGAGAAAAGUUCUAUCUUUCAGUAAUAUGUAUUACCCACUAGUAGUAUAUAAAAGAGGAACUGCAUUCAAUCAGUUGUAUAUAAAAGACUCUCGGAUUGAAAGUUCUAUCUUUCAGUUCUCGCUUUCCUUUCUUCUGGAACUGUGUGAAGGCCUCCUAUAAGAGGCUUAUGGUGAGUUGAUAAAUCUUGUUUACCAAUUAAAUGCUAUUUUAACUAUA